AUGGAAUUCGAUUGGAAUAACUAUUUAGAAGACAAUAAAAGCGUUGCUGUCCCUGAAGAAUUAUUUUCUCACGUAGAACUCAGUCUUCAUAAUGGAAUCAAACAAGGCAUGCUCCUUGAAGUUUGCCACAAAAACAAUCCUGACAUCUACUGGAUAGCCGAAAUAACUAUGGUUUGUGGGCACCUCCUGCGCAUCAAAUUUAUUGGAGCUGAAACAGACUUCUGGUGUGACAUAUCCAAUACUAAAGUCCAUCCCCUGGGGUGGUGUGGGAAGUAUGAUGAACUAAUAGAACCGCCUGAUGAAAUUAAUGACAGAUGUGGAGACUCAAUCAUAGAAAUCAUGAAAAAAGCCCUUGUGGUUGGUCAAUCUGUGUCGAUGGAAGCUUUAAAUAAUAAAGGACUCUCUCCAAUAGAUAGAAUUAAAAUUGGUAUGAAAGUGGAAAUACAGAAUUCUUUGGAUCCAUAUAAAUAUUGGAUUGCUACUGUACAUGAUAAUAUUGGUGGUCGUCUCUUGGUGCGUUACGACGGUGCAGACGAUGAUCUGCCACAGUCGUGGUUAUUUUUCUCCAACCCUAGAAUAAGUACCUUUGGUUCUGUUACUAAUAAGGGUUCACCAUGGCAGUUCAAAUAUCCGGGCAAAGUGAAUAAGUUUUCAUGCAAGAACAAAUUGAGUGCACAACUAAGGCAGAGCGCUGAAGAAUCUAUAAAGGAACCAACACCUUCUGAUUUAUUUCAGGCCAAUCAGACUUAUGAAGCUCAUAGCUUCUCAACGGGAAUGAAAGUGGAGGCACUAAAUCCUGAGGAUAUGAAAACCAUACAACCAGCUACUGUUACCAAGAUCUUUAAUAACCUACAUUUUUUAGUUGUCUUUGAUGACCAUUUAGAAGACUAUGAAGAUACCAGAAUGGCCUGGCUGUGUGAUAGCAUGCAUCCAUACAUUUAUCCUAUAGGCUUUGCUAAGCAAAACAACAUUCCAUUCAAGCAACCAAAAUCCUGUAAAGAUAACUUCGACUGGGAUGAAUAUCUGGCUGACACUUCUUCUGUCCCUGCGCCAGAAUAUUGCUUUGGUAAAAAGGAUUUGCUUAAAGACAUCAAGCCAGACAUGAAGUUGGAAGCCGUUAACCCACUCAACCAAGAAGAAAUCCACGUUGCAAAUAUAGAAAGAAUAGCCGAACAUAUGGUCUUAGUGGAAUUACUUCCGAUUGGCGAUAAAUUUUGGUAUUCUCAAGACAGCGACCUCCUUUUGCCUGUUGGGUGGUGCGAUAGCAAUAAUUACGAACUACAUAUACCAGAUGUGUCACCUAAGGAAGUUCCAAAAGACCCUCCGGCAGCCAAAAAAGUGCGGGAAGAAUUGAAAACCACCGAGGAAUGGUGCGAUAGGAUAUUCUUUAACUACAAAUGCUAUGCUGGUCCAUCUAUUAGUCGGAACAAAUUGUCUCAGUUGCCAAAACAUGUUGGACCAGGUCCCUUGAGUCUGGUCUUGAAAGAGGUUUUAAAUAAAAUCAUAUCAGCGUCAUACAAGCCAGCUAAAUUAUUGAAAGAUUGGGAAACUGAAGGUCCGCCCGAAGAGGGUAUGAGGCUUGAGAUGUUGAGAGCCAAACUUAAAACAAGUACAUACCACGCAUACGUCCCCGUAGUAACUUCGCCGGAUCAAGUUGUGUCUUUCUGCCGCUCCGUGUGUGUUAAGCUGCAGGGAUGCCCUGUCUUAUUCGGACCUACACAUUAUCCUGACGUGUGCCCCAACAACUGCCAAAAUGUUGAUAAGUCUACAUUCCAUAAUGGCACCGAACGUCGUGGUAGGCCCAAAGGUUCGGUAAAUGGACGACGUAAGAAGAAAAAGCCUGUACCUGAAAAACGUCAAGAACCACAACCAAUUGAAACUGAAAAUCCAAAGGAUGGAGAAUUUGUUGAAAGCGAGCAUAGCGCUGGAUCUACACCACCAUCAGAAUCUGGAACUAGGCCUAACUCCCCAGAAAGUCUCACAGACUACAAACGAAACACUAGACGAAGGAAAGACGCUAAGAACUUCCCGAAACUGGAAAUGAAAACUCGCGGCGCUAAACUACCAAAUUUUGCCCUACAAAUGAAAGAAUCUCAUUGGAAUAAAAAAGAUGUAGAAACAAUAUACAAUAACACAUGUGCAAAGAAACAAACGCAUGAUAGCGACACAGAGAAUGAAACCAAUGAAAGUAGCUCCAAUUCGAGAGAUAAAAACAUUUCCGAUGUUUCAGACAGUGAGGAACCAGAACUUAAGAAACUUAAAUUUAGCUUUGACGAUCCAUUGCCCACAGAUAAUAAAAUGUUCGAAAAAGAUCUCCCAAUGGCCUGGCUAAAAGGCAAAACUAAACUGGCUCCAAAUCCAUUGCACUGGACAGUUGAUGACGUGUAUAACUAUCUAAAGAAUACAGAAGAUUGCAAGUUAGUAGCAGAAAAAAUGAAACAAGAAGAAAUAGACGGCCAAGCAUUUAUUAUGUUGGAUCUGGACAUCAUAAGAGAUUUUCUCCAUAUGAAAAAGGAAUUUGCUAUACAAUUGUGUAAGCACAUAACAAUGAUAAGAUGGUAUUAUGUAAUCAAUUUUGAAGAAAAUUAA